GCUACAUAAAACGUACCCGGCUAAAUAGCCCUGCACUAGCACUGUGACUGAGGGACACCAACAUAAAUUAAAGAGUAAUCAUGGCUUCUUUUAUGCUGAAUUCUGUUCGAAUCUCUAGCCUUCUAUCUUCUCCUGGGAACCAUUUUGCUUUCAAUGGUGCCAGAGCUCUCAGUACAAGCUGCAGACAUGAGGCGGCCAAAACCAAGAAGUCCCUUGCCAAACAGAAUGUUAAAAACAUUGUUCUGGUUGAGGGGGUCAGAACACCAUUCCUUAUGUCUGGGACCGAAUUCAAAGAUCUUAUGCCGCAUGACUUACAAAGAGAAGCAAUGAAAGGCCUCCUAGAAAAGACUUCAAUUCCAAAAGAUGCUAUUGAUCACAUCGUUGUGGGUACCGUCAUUCAAGAAGUAAAAACAAGUAACAUCGCAAGAGAGGCUGCUCUGGAAGCAGGAUUUUCAGAUCGCAUCCCAGCUCACACGGUUACCAUGGCGUGCAUCUCAUCCAACGUAGCUAUCACAACAGGUAUGGGUAUGUUAGCAUCAGGUCAAGCGGAGACCAUCUUGGCCGGAGGUGUGGAUUUCAUGUCAGAUGCACCAAUCAGGCAUAGCCGUCAAGCCAGAAAGUUCAUGUUGAACCUAGGCAAGGCAAAGAGCUUGGGAGCCAAGAUGAGCCUUGCAUCAAGACAUCUCAGCAUGGCUGCACUUAAUCCAGAGCUCCCUGCAGUAGCCGAGUUCUCCUCAAAUGAGACUAUGGGCCAUUCAGCCGAUAGACUUGCAGCUGCUUUUGGAAUCAGCAGACAAGAUCAGGAUGAUUACAGCAGACGUUCCCAUGCCCUGGCCGACAAGGCCACCAAGGAGGGUCUCUUGACCGACCGGUUGACCUACAUCGUUCCUAAGACCGGCAAGGCCGUAGAGUCAGACAACGGGAUCAGGGUGUCCAACGAGGCCCAGAUGGCACGACUCAAACCAGCGUUCAUCAAGCCUCAUGGAACCAUCACUGCUGCCAAUGCUUCCUUCCUGAGUGAUGGGGCAUCAGCCUGCCUGAUAAUGACUGAAGAGAAGGCUCUAGCGAUGGGCUACAAACCCAAGGCCUACCUGAGGGACUAUGUCUGUGUAGCACAGGACCCCACAGAUGAACUCUUAUUGGGACCUGCUUACUCCAUCCCCAAGGUCCUGGCCCGGUCUGGACUGACACUUGGUGACAUUGAUGUCUUUGAGAUUCAUGAGGCCUUCGCUGGUCAGAUCCUGGCCAACAUGACCGCUCUGGACUCGGACUACUGGUGCCAGAACUCCCUAGGAUCCAAAGCUAAGCUUGGAGCUAUCCCUAUGGAUAAGAUGAACCUAUGGGGAGGGUCACUGUCCAUCGGUCAUCCCUUUGGAGCCACAGGGGUCAGGCUGGCCACCACAUCGGCCAAUCGUCUAGAGAAGGAGGACGGUCAGUUUGCUUUGCUGGCCGCUUGCGCAGCUGGUGGACAUGGACAUGCAAUGGUUGUGGAGAGAUAUCCAUCGUCAUAGUAACCAGGGGACAUCAUAAACUGCUGUAUAUAUUGAUUAUAAAACUAACAAAUACUGCACGGGAAACUUAAACUGAAAAAAAAAGGCUACAGUAUGCCAAAAAGGCACAAGCAAUAUCCAAGUUUUAUAGAAUUAAAAAAAAAAAAAAAUUGCUUACAUGUACAAAAGCUGCAAAGAAGAAAGAAGGACAUGCAUUGCUGGUAGUGACAACGUGGAAUGUUGUGUACAAAAUAAGUAUUCAGCUGACUAUGUUUACGGGAAGUCCAUUCCACUCUUCAAAAUUAUGGAUCAAAAGUCAAUAAAUUCAUAAAACUUGUAACUUCAUCAUGGUACAUGUCAUUGUUCAUGUCGCUUCUUUGAAAUAUUUUGUGGUUUGCAAUUUGAAAAAGAUGUCUUGAGGUGGCAAAUGUAUUUUUUGUCCAUGAAAUGUUUUCAACCAGGGCUCAUUUCCUACGGUUUAUCUUAUUUCAUAUAUUUACAUGUUUAUGUACAUGUGUAUUACCAAAUGUUUAGAAAUAUGAUGCAUGUACAUGGUUUGUAGAGUCUGUUUCCAGGUCCCGAAAGAUACAUGUAUAUAAUACAAUAGGGUGACAUUCUCAAGUGUACAAUUAAAUUUGUCCCGUUAAUACUUCUUCUCUAAUGAGAAUAGUAGAUAAACAUGUAUAUCUCUAGCCUUCAACAUUUGGAAUAGCAUUACUUGCUCAUUAUUUUUAUUUGUGUAUAUUGCAUACAUGUUUAUUUUGUCUGUUUGGAGCCAGAAGGGCAUUAAGUCAUAUCAUUUUGACACAGAGAUAAUGCCCUUUUGGCCCUGAACAGAUAGUAUAUUACUGUCUAUGGGAUACGAUUUGAUUCAGGAUAUUUAAAUAAAUAUCAGACUCUGUCAUUACAGGCUUAGUACUAUUAAGUCGGUCGAUUCCAUAAUUCAGUCUACUUUUAUAAGUCUACUUUAGAUGAAAUGAUACCCUGGGAGUUUCUCUUUUAAUAGUAGUCAUCUUCAACUCUAUUUAACUCUUAUUUAUUUAAGUUUGAAUGUGUAUGGCUUUGAGGAAGUUUCAUUUAUGUAGUGAGUGACCUUUUUGAAGGUUGCAAAGGUAUGAAAUACAUUUUUUUUCUGUAGAAUAAUACUUUCUGAAAGUAUCUUGAAAUUGUAUAUGAAAUUUAAUAAAUUCAAAAUUAAACGGAAA